UGUCAUAAUCUUCUUUUUCUCUCUUAGGCGUGUUUCUGCAAAUGCUCGUCUCUUUCCUUCCUUUAUGCGUAUUAUAUACUUCUCCACACACACUCAAAAAUUUUGGACAAUCCAACUUCAAAUGCUGACCUGUAUUCCAAAUUCUCAGGCACCAUUCUCCGGAUAUAAAUAGACCUGGUUUCUUCUUUGCUUCUUGCUCUUCUCUGUCUCAUUUCUCUUUUGACAUUUUCGUCUGAUUCAAAAUGUCUCUGUUUCUUUGCUUUCUUCUCUUUCUUGUCUCAUCUGCAACUGCUUGUGAUCGCUGUGUGCACCAAACUAGGGCUGCUUAUUUCUCCAGAGCUUCUGCACUUAAUUCUGGGGCUUGUGGGUAUGGUUCCAUGGCUCCUGGUUUCAAUAGUGGACAUCUUGCAGCUGGCAUUCCUAGUCUCUACAAAGAUGGGGCUGGUUGUGGUGCCUGUUUUCAGAUAAGAUGCAAAGAUAAAACCCUUUGUAGUAGCAAAGGCACUACAGUGAUGAUGAGUGAUCUCAAUUACAAUAACCAGACAGAUUUUGUUCUAAGUAGCAGAGCCUUCAUGGCCAUGGCCAACCAGGGAAUGGGCAGAGACAUUUUAAAACUUGGGAUUGUGGAUGUGGAAUAUAAAAGGGUACCUUGUGAAUACAAAAACCAGAACUUAGGUGUGCGAGUAGAAGAAUCAAGCCAAAAUCCAAAUUACUUGGCCAUCAAAUUGUUAUAUCAAGGUGGUCAGACAGAAAUAGUAGCAAUCGAUGUUGCUCAGGUCGGUUCUUCAAACUGGGGUUACAUGAGCCGGAACUACGGGGCGGUAUGGGACACUAGCAGAGUUCCGGCGGGUGCUCUACAAUUCCGGUUUGUGGUUACGGCAGGAUAUGAUGGGAAGUGGAUUUGGGCAAAGAGUGUUCUCCCUGCAGAUUGGAAGUCAGGAGUUGUAUACGACUCAGGAAUUCAAAUUACUGAUAUUGCGCAAGAGGGUUGCUCUCCCUGUGAUAAUGAGACUUGGAAAUAGGAUUAAUAGAACAAUACACUAGUAAGGCUUGAUUUUUGACACGAUACGAACUUAAUAUAUACUCCGUCAUUUUUAUAAA